AUGGUCACUGUAAAGCCGACUGUCAUUGUCGACCUUUUGUAUCAUCCAUUUACGGCUGCUCAACUUGAUUAUCUUUCGAGGGGACCAACUUAUAUACGACCCAAUCCAAGUAUAUUUUUUCCACAAAAAACUCUACAAAAACGAAUUGAUAGAGAACAUGAUGAUACAAUGAAAAAACUCAAGAAAUAUAUGUCCAGUGUCGCUGAUCUACCAAAAAUACCACUCAACUCACCCUUAUAUAAAUCAUAUUCUAACCAACUUCGAUCUUAUUUAUCUCAAAGUUAUAUGACACUAAUACCAUUAAUCGAUCAAAUACGUGCUCUACGUGAAUUAAAAAUGAUUCAAUCAAUUCGAAAAAAAUUAAAAAAAUAUAAACUUAUAUUACGUGAAACAGAUAAAAGUGGUGUACUUCAUAUUGGUUCUGCUAUUGAUUAUGAACGAAAAGCAGCUGAAUAUCGACAAACAACAGGUGCUUAUGAAGAAUUAACUUCUAAUCCAUACAAUGAUAUCAUCUGUCAGGUAACUCGUUUACUUAAUCAAUUAAAAUCAUUGAAUCGAAUACGUGAAUGGCAACGAAUAAAAUUGAUGCCUGCACGAAAGACGACCGAAUUAGCUUAUAUGUAUUUUAUUCCUAAACCACAUAAGAAAGGUACACCACUACGACCAAUUUUAAAUACAAUUCAUGCGGCCACGAAACAAAUUUCUCAAUUCUUAGAUAAAUUAAUUCGACCAUUAUUUGAUCGAUUUGUACGUCAAACAACGUUUGUAGAUGGUGCUGAUCUUCUUGAUCAACUUCAAAAAUAUAUUCAAAAAGGUUAUUUUAAUGCAUCGACUCUCUUCAUUAUAUUCGAUAUUUCAAAUCUUUAUACAAUGUUACCACAAGAAGAAUCUUUAGCUAUACUUGCUGAAUUUCUUCAUACACAUAAUUGUGAAAGAAUUAAUGGUCUUUCAAUUGAUACUAUUAUCGAAUUAGCUCGUGUGGUACUUCAAGCAAAUGCUUUUGUUUAUAAUAAAAAAUUUUAUCGACAAAUUAUUGGUGGUGCUAUGGGAUCAGCAUUUACUUUAACAUUAGCAAAUAUCUUCAUGUGGAAAUGGGAAAGACAAACUAUUUUACCAAAAUUACCUUCGCAUGAAUUAUAUGGCCGGCACAUAGGAAAAAGUGUUCCGUUCCUUGAUGUUCUUGUUCAAAACAACAAUGGUAUUUUGGCAUCAUCGCUUUAUCAUAAACCUUCGGCUGAACCAACUGUGGUAUCGUUUUUAUCGGAUCAUCCACGACAUGUAUUUCGAAAUGUGAUUCAAACUGCUCUCACUCGAGCUGUACGAUAUUCAUCAACAUUUGAAAUCUUUAAUAAUGAACGUCGUGCUAUUCGUUUAAUGUUCCUAUAUAAUAAAUAUCCAUCCAAUUAUAUUAAUCAACAAUUCGAAAAAUUCUUUGCUGACUAUAUGUCAUCAACUUCUUCGUCAAUUUUACCAAUGAUUACUAAUGAAAGUCAAUUUUUUGCAUUACGUGAAAAAUUAUCAAACCAACCAACCAACAGCUAA